AGGACGUUUUCAAUGGCGAUAAUGUUUCUCUUGUAUCAAUUACUAAGCUUUUUUGAGACAGUACUUCGAAGUAUCAAAGUUAAAAAAUAUACAAUGAGAGAUUUUUAAUUCAAUUUCUUUCAAAUGUAAUAUUAAUAAAAAUAUUUCCAUAGUGUAAUAUUCAAUGUGCAGUAGUUUUGUUAAUACUUCUUUUGAUUUAUCCAAAAAACAGAGACAAAUAAUGUCACAAAUAACGAGACAUAGAAGAUUCAAAAGAGCCACUGUGCUCAUUAAAAGAACACAGUGUUUAGGGAGAUAUCAAAGGAUUAGAGGCUGUAUGUCCUCAUAUGAAAAGUUAAGAAGUAAUAAUAGUUCAUUGGCAAAGGCACUCUCUAAGCAAAAACAAAAAGGACAACUUCUAUUUUCACAAAAUGUUGCUUUAUUAGCAGAAGUUCAAGACUUGAGCUCAGCUUGUAAUAAACGUGAUAAUACAAUUUUAAAAGUAUUACAAAAUGCUAAAGAAAUGCUGAAAAUGUUAGUUACGAUGACUAAAUUUGUAACAAGUACUAUUGCUUCCUGCCAAGAAUUUACAUCUUCCUCUAAUAUGAACAUACGGAUGUCUUGUAAUCCACUUUCUAAAGGAGAUAACAGAAGGCUAUCGUCUAAAUCUCCUACUAGAGGAAUAGUUAAACCGAUGGUAAGUGGGCAUACAAUAACAAAGCCCACUAUUAACUUGAGUCGAGUAAACAUGCAACAUUUUAAUAAUUCAACGACGGCCUUGAGUACUAUAGAAGAAGUAUCAACGCCAGUAAUAUUAUCUGAAAAUUCCAAUGUAAAUGAUGAUAAUUCCCCUCGUUCUAUUCCCGUUGAUACACAAGCAAGAAAUACUGGUGGUCGUAUCUGUAGAAUGCCAGAAAGAUUGAAUGUUACUUCAUCUAGAGCUAGUGAAGGAGAUGAACGACGAUUAAGUAAACGAAAAAGUAAAUAUUCUAUGCAGUUAUCCGAGAGACAUUCGAGAUCAAGAUCUAAUAGAUUAUCAGAAUCAAAUAAUACAGAAUGCACAAAUUUAGUAGGAAGUCCUCGUGUUAAAUUGAAUGACGUUUCCAAAUUGUUACAGAAUUGCCAAACUAUUAAUAUUCGAAGGCUGGGUUCAAUUAAAGAUAAAGUUGUUAAUGAAAACAUAGAAAUUAAUGAUUCAACAAAUAAUAUAUCUAAUAAACAAGAUAAGGAUGAUAACGUUAUUUCAGAAACGCAAUUAUCAAUAGAUAUUUCUGAAGGAACUGAUACAGAAGAAAAUAAUAAUGAAUCUAUACAAAAUAGUAGAAAAAACUUUAAAAAUGAACAGCCUAAACUUGAUGUACAAACAAAUAGCAGAGAUAAUCAUAAUGAUGCAUCUACUAAUGAUGAUCCGCUUGAAGGCCCAAGUUGGUUAUUGAACGAUUAUCAAAAAUUUUCUUCCUCAACAAAUUCAAAUAUGGAAAGUAAUAAAGUAAAGAAUUUUAAUAAUAAAAGUGACAAUGCACAUGAUUGUACUACAAAAACUUCCAUGCUACAUACAAUGCAAUAUAAUAAUAAUAAUAAUAAUAAUAAUAAUAAUAAUAAUAAUAAUAAUAAUAAUAAUAAUAGUAAUAAUUAUCAAGAAGAUAAUAAAGAGUCUGAUAGUUUAUAUACUAAAAAAAAUAGAUUUAAAUGUCAUACUUUGGAAAAACGAAGCGUUUUAAAUAACUUUCAAGAGAAUAAUCUUGAAGCAGAAGGGGAUGUUACAAUAAAUAAUCAAGGAUUUGUGACACGACAACGUGGAAAUUCUACCGAAACUAUGGAUGAUGAUCUUGACGAAUUUACUUUAAUGUUUAUGCGACGAAAUAUUAAUAAUGUACCUUUUGAUAUAAAUGAUUUACAAUUACCUGUUUUAGAAGAUUCCGUUGUAAAGUCCAUAGUAACAAAAGAACCGGAACCUGAAAUAACGACUACAUUACAGAAAUUAACACAAAAUUGUGAAAUUCCAUCUACCAAUAAUGACAUUAAAGAUGAUUCAUUAUUUGAUCAACUUACAGUUAAGCUGCCUCAGCUUUCAAAUACCACAAUUGAUUGUACAAUACCAAUGAUAGAUAUAUCAUUGGAUACACAUCAACAGAAAAAAUUAAAAAAUAUAAAUAAAUCAUUCGAAGCAGAUAAUUCUGAAAGUAUAACUUUACGGAAGAAAAAAGUUCGAAGUCAGAAUAAAUCUACAAGUGACAAAGAUCCAAGUGCUGUUAAAGUUGUCUUACAAAAACUUAAUGAUUCUGAUGUUAAAUUGCAGGCAGUUCCCUUCGAAGCAACAUUUUUACAGAAUUCUAACUCUUUCUCAAAAAAGAUUCUUUAUUCUCCACCACUUGAAAAUUCUAGUGAUUCUGAAAGUAGCACAAUGAGUUUAAACAUUGAGAAUAGUUCACCGAGACGCCCUAAAAGACAGAAGGCACCACAAAAUUUGAAGGAACCAAAUUUACGAAAAAAGCUAAGGAGAUUUAAAUGAAUAUAGAAAAAAAAAAUAUAUUUAAGAGAAUAUUUAAAGCAAAGUACAUAAUAAGUACAUUGCAAUGUAAAUAAAUAUUCUAUAUAUAGCACCACAUUUAAUUAGUUUUGUUACAAAUAUGAAUCAACGGUAUCAUGCUCCUAUUUUUUCAAUGAGAUCUGUUAAAACUUAGUCUCGCGUGUAAUUUAUGUUAAGCCAAUUAGAUCUAUCCAAUCACUGUGGUAGAAUAGAUACUAUAUUUUAAAGUUUUUUAACCAUAAUUCUUCCAUAAGAUUUUUAAAUUACUCAUACUAAAAUUUUGUACCAAUUUUGACACCUAUUCAUUCCGAAAUUAAUCACACCCGUCGAAAGCGGUCUUAAUAUUAAUAAGCAACAAAUAAAUUUUUGUUUGACUUGAACUAAAUAAAUCUUAAAUGAUAUAAUUUUGUUCACAAUAUAUAUAUGUACAAAUGUCAAUUGAUUUGAAAUAAUUAAAAAUGCAUCUGUGAUGCUAUUAGCUGUG